AUGCUCGUCACUCUUUUGUCUCUCGCUUCUCUCGCCUGCGCCUCCUCCGUGUCUGUCCAGUAUCCUCUGCAAGACCAGCUCCCGCUCAUCGCUCGCGUCAACGAGGCCUACACUUGGUCGUUCUCUAGAGACACUUUUGUCUCCAGCAGCAACGCGUCUCUGGUGUACAGCUCGUCGACCCUCCCCGCCUGGCUCUCGUUCGACAACGCGACGCUCACGUUGCAAGGCACUCCAUCGUCUACAGAUGCAGGCACACCUGGCAUCCGCAUCACCGCCACGGAUCCAAGCAACGACGACUCGGCGAACUCGUCCUUCGACCUGUGCGUGACGCCGUACCCAGCACCCCAGCUACACAUUCCCGUCGAGCAGCAGUUCUACGCGACCAACCCGUCUCUGUCUUCUGUGUUCCUCAUCUCUGACAAGUCGGCCCUCAACUCGACUGGCAAGCCAGCUCUGCGUAUCCCUCCGUCCUGGUCCUUCAGCAUCGGCUUCCUCUAUGACACCUUCACCGGUGCUGGCGGCGACCUGUAUUACGACGCUCUCCGCUCCGACGGCUCGCCUCUCCCGGACUGGGUCGAGUUCAACCCCAAGGUGCUCACGUUCAACGGUGUCACCCCCAAGAUGACGGACUCUGCUGAACCGACUUCGGUUUCUCUGGCUUUGCAUGCAUCCGACCAAGAGGGGUACUCCGCUGGGUCUGUCGCCUUCGACAUCGUUAUAGCUGCCCAUGAAGUGUCGAUGUCGAUGUCUUCGCUCCCGACAAUCAACAUCACCGCCAAUACGCCCUUCAACUUCAGCCUGACCUCGCCAGAUGACUUUUUCGGUGUAUUGCUCGACGGGAAACCAAUUCAACCUGAGGACAUCUCUAGCCUCGGUAUCGACACAACUGCGUACAAAGCUUGGCUGCACUACGACUCGGCGACGCGGACUCUGAGUGGUCAAGCUCCGGACGACUCGGACGGUGACAACAAUCUCGAGAACCCGACGGUACCUGUGACUAUCACUGCAAAUGUGAACCAGUCCAUCAGCGCGAACGUCAGUUUGGCUGUUGUACAUUCAUUCUUCACGACAGCAACCCUGCAGCCUAUACUCGUACUCCCGGACCACUCGCUCGAGUACAACCUCGCGCAGUUCUUCUCGAAUAGCACUGAGCUCGGGGCUCCUAACCAAGGCGACGUGAAUAUCUCUGCGGCUUUUGAUCCUACCUCGGCAGCGGGCUACCUCUCGUUCGACUCCUCUCAUUGGUCCCUCACUGGUAACAUCCCCGCCGACGCGGCGCAGAGCUAUUCGCACAUUUCAGUGACCUUCACGGCCUACUCGCACAUCACGCACUCGACGUCCCACACCACCCUGCCGAUCUCCCUCUCGAACGCCGACUACGAGCACCAGAAGACUGGCGGCCUCAGCGAGGCGGCAAAGCAGAAGCUGCUGCUCGGCCUCAAGAUCGGCUUCUCAGUCCUCAGCUGUAUCAUUGGUAUUGCGUUCGCGCUUGCGGGGUUCCGCCGGUGUGCGCGCGUCCGGGACACGGCUCUCACUGGCACGGAAGGCACGAAGGCAUAUACUGCCGAGGAAAUGCGCUGGUACGGUAUCGGCAUCGAAGUGGACGGCAAGGUAACGGAAGGACCAAAGCACGACGUCGAGGCUCAGCUAGUCGAUUCUGAGAAAGACGGCUAUAGUUCACCCUCUCCUGCUGGUCCCUCGGGCUUUGGCAUUGCUCUCCGGCGUGUCCUCUCGCACCCGCGUUCGCUGCUUAGCUCGUUGCCCAGCCCACGUCUACCGCAGAGCCCAGGUGUGAUGCGCAAGGGCGAGUUCAUGGGCAAGGUCCGCUCGACGGCGCGCAUCGUCAGCGACAAGUACAAGCGGUCCCUCGGCAAACGCCCGCGCAGGCUCGUCAUUGGCAAGCCGACUCUCGUCGCGACGACGGACCACCGGGUGAGCGCGAGGAUGGGUGUGCCGGUCAACAUCGAUGGUUUGCCCUUCACGAUGCCUCCAAACGCGGAGAUCCUCCCUGCGACGCUGGAACCUGUGGCUAGCCACCCGGCGCCGAUCCCCUUCGAGGACAUGAACCUGAGCCACUAUGCACCGAGCGGUAUGUCGAGCAUCGCGGGGUCCCCGUCGAGCUCGACUGGCGGACGGUCCAUCCCGAGACGUCGUGCAGACUUCGCUCCUCCCAAACGCAAGGCGGCGAAGGUCAACUAUUCUGCGCCUGGCGAGAACGGGAAGCGUAGCUCUGUCGACUCGGCUGUCGUGCAGACUGCCGCGCGUGCAACGAGUGUGCGUUCUGGCUAUUCCGCCGAUGGACCGAAGACUCCGGACAUGAGUCGCCCUCGACUCGUGCCCUUCACGAGUGCAAGUCGCGUCCCUGUGCCCAAGCUUCCCACCAACAUCGAUCAGGAUUCGCCCGUCCUGGGUGCAGUUGCUGGUGGUGCGAAGACGAAGCGCGUGGCAAGCCAGGUGGCCAAGAUCUUCCGGGGGGCAGCAGGCGCGGAGAAGAGGGCUGCUGCACACCAGCCGAGCGCGGACGACCUGAACACGAGCCUGAACUACGUGCGUGCGUUGGGUGACGAUACGCAGAGCGCGGCGAGUGGGUCUAUCGGUACUGGUAAGAUCCCCAUCGUGCCCCGCAUGCUCGCGCGCACGGGCGAGCAGUUCAAGUUCCGCGUGCCCGUAUCGUACAGCGCCGGUCCGCUGCUCACCUCCGCCCCGGGCUCGUCCCGCAAGCAGAAGGUGCUCGAGGCGCGGCUCAUGAACGGCAAGCCGUUGCCACGGUACGUGAAGACGGACCUGACCGCGAUCGUCGGCGGCGCGGGCGCACGCGUCGAGAAGCGCGUAGUGGAGUUCUGGGGCGUGCCGACCAGCAGGGACACAGGCGAACUCAACGUGGGCAUCUAUGAGAAGGAGAGCGACAAGUGCGUGGGGCGAGUGAUCAUACAAAUCGUGGAGAGGAGCUCCUGA